CCAGCGUGGAGCACGAGCGCCACUUCCUGGCGCCCGGGGUGCGGCGCGAGGCGGUGCGCGCGGGCCGGGUGCGGGGCGCGCUCUUCCUGCCCGCAGGGCCCGGCCCCUUCCCAGGGAUCAUUGACAUCUACGGUGUUGGAGGGGGCCUGCUGGAGUACCGGGCCAGCCUGCUGGCGGGCCAUGGCUUUGCCUCUUUGGCCCUUGCUUUUUAUGACUUUGAAGAUCUCCCCAAGGAUUCCAGCAACCUACACCUGGACUACUUUGAAGAAUCCGUGGGCUUCAUGCUUCAGCACCCCCAGGUUAAAGGCCCAGGCAUUGGGCUUCUGGGCAUUUCUCUAGGAGCUGAUAUUUGCCUCUCCAUGGCCUCAUUCUUGAAGAAUGUUGCAGCCACAGUUGCCAUCAAUGGAUCUGGGACCAGUGGAAGCAGAACCAUACACUACAAACAGACUAGCAUCCCACCAUUGGGCCAUGAUCUGAGGAGAACCAGGGUCACUUUCUCAGGCAUCCUGGACAUUGUGGACAUACGGAAUGACCUCAUAGGAGGGCAUGAGAAUCCCAGUAUGAUUCCAAUAGAGAGGGCUGAGGGGCCCAUACUCUUCAUUGUUGGUCAGGAUGACCAUAACUGGAGGAGUGACUUCUAUGCCCAAACAGCCUCUCAUCGAUUAGAGGCCCAUGGGAAGGCAAAGCCCCAGGUCAUCUCCUACCCUGGGGCUGGUCAUUACAUUGAGCCUCCUUACUUUCCUAUGUGCCCAGCUUCCCUGCACAAAUUACCAAACAAAACUGUAAUCUGGGGUGGGGAGUUCAGAGCUCAUUCCCAGGCCCAGGUAGAUGCGUGGAAGCAAAUCCUGUCUUUUUUCUCCAAACACUUGGGAGGUACCCAGGACAGAGUUCCCCCAAAAUUAUAAUGCAUUUUCUGUUGCUCAGGUGGAAGAUUCAUGGUUAGAUUCUAGUGUUCAGUAACUGUAUGGGAAUCUGUAGUUUCCUAAAUAAAAUUAAAUUUAAGCC